AUCAUCUCGACCUGACAAGCUGCUCCGAUUCUCCUAGGCUGCAAAUUCCCAACAUGAACCGACCUUCUAGGACUGACGAGCCUCAAGCCACCGAUGGCUACAACCAGAACCCGUCUCAAUUUUCGAAUGACCUUGUCACAAAUCAGGAUCUCAACGGCAUCGCCAACUCCAGGCUUCUUCUAAGAGAACAAAGUCCUGCAACGAUGGAUUCGAGAUUGGUUGACUCAGACCCGAUUGUGACCCUGCCAAAAAAGGGCAGUGACAUGACCGCCAGCAGUCGAGACUCCGCGCAAUUCCAUACCGGGGUCUCUGGACCGGGUUCGAGCCGUCACCGUGAGGACUCAGCUGCUACAGGCCACGGACACUACUGUAUUGGGUCCGAGCCGUCAUCCGCCACUUGGACGAGCCGCUCUAAGCGUGUGCUGAUCACGUUUGGCAAGUUCGUCGGGCCCGGCUUCAUGGUUGCCGUUGCCUACAUCGACCCCGGCAACUAUGCCACAGACGUGGCGGCUGGCGCUUCGUAUCGGUUCCGCCUAUUGUUCAUUGUACUCCUCAGCAAUAUUUUUGCUAUAUUCCUUCAGAGCUUGGCCAUCAAACUAGGCACCGUGAGCGGACUCAACCUUGCCGAGGCAUGUCGGGCAUUUUUGCCUCGUUGGCUCAACUAUGCUCUGUACGCCAUGGCCGAAGCGGCCAUUAUCGCGACCGACAUAGCCGAGGUCAUCGGGACAGCAAUUGCGAUAAACCUGCUUAUUCCCCAGAUACCUCUCGUGGCCGGCUGUGCGCUAUCAAUCCUCGAAGUAAUGGUGAUUCUAAUCUUCUACCGACCCAGCGGGUCGAUGCAGGGACUGCGGACUUUUGAAUAUUUUGUGAUGCUCCUUGUCUUGGCUGUCGUUGUCUGCUUCUGUAUCCAGCUGGCUCUAAUCCGGAACGCCUCAGUAGGCGAGGUGUUCCGAGGCUACCUCCCAUCCAGCGCCCUAGUAGAGAAAACUGCCCUCUACCAAGCUUGCGGCAUCCUUGGCGCCACAGUAAUGCCGCACAGUCUGUAUCUCGGCUCGGGAAUAGUCCAGCCGCGUCUCUACGAGUAUGACAGGAACGCAGGCCUGCUCUCGCCGAGCCGUUCCUCGUCUUCCGCCAGCUCCUUGAAUGCUGACAGAGCUGGAGACAGCGCCAGCACCGACGAUGACAGAAAGGAGUACGUCCCUUCCCUGGCCGCCAUCCGUCAUUCCCUCAAAUACUCCAUUACGGAGCUAGUCAUCUCCCUCUUCACCUUUGCCCUCUUCGUCAACAGCGCCAUCCUCAUUGUGGCCGGCGCAAGCCUAUACGAUGACAAGAACAGCCCUGACGCGCUAGACGCCGACCUCUUUGGCAUCCACGCGCUGCUGCGCACCUCCAUCGCGCCGGCCGCGGGCACCGUUUUUGCGCUGGCGCUGCUCUUUUCGGGCGUCAGCGCCGGCAUCGUGUGCACCAUUGCCGGGCAGAUGGUCAGCGAGGGUGCCCUGCGCUGGUCGCUCCGCCCUUGGCUGCGGCGGCUGGUGACGCGCUCCAUCAGCAUCGUGCCCAGCAUCGUCAUGGCCGCCGCCGUCGGCAGGCAAGGGCUCGACGCCGCGCUCAACGGUAGCCAGGUCGCCCUGAGCAUCGCACUUCCCUUUGUCAGCGCCCCGCUCAUCUACUUCACCUCGCUGAACCGGUACAUGAUGGUCCGGCCCGGCCUGGCGAGGUACGGUGGGCAGUAUGUGAGUGUUGGCGGCGUGGAAAGAGGCAGAUCUCGCUCCGAGGAGGUUGCUGAGGCUAUGCUGCGCUGCGGCCGCUGGGGUUGGGUUAAGCAUUUGCUUGGACUUGGGGAGGAGCCUGACGAUAGCGAGGGAGGGGUGAGGAUGGCCAACGGAUGGUUGGUAACCUCGUUUGGAGUGGUUGUAUGGCUGAUUAUUGCGGUCAUGAACGUUGCGAAUCUAGUGCUCUUGGGUAUGGGGAGGUAGUGUAGUAGUUUUCCACUUGUGUAAAGUAUAAGGUAUAUAUUCUACGAGGUAGGAAAAACUUAGGAGGAG